UCGCUUGUGUUUGACCGACCAAACGGAACGAAACGCAGAACACAGUGAACCAAAACAAAGAAAAAUGGGUAAACGAGGACGAGCAGCUAAGAAAUCAGGGGCAAACCCAGCAGCUAGUGGCUCGCGUCCGACGACGAGAGGAAGGUCACAGAAUUCGUCACCAAAUCCGCCCCCAAAUUCCCCACCAAAUCCGACAGUAAAUCCGCCUCUAAAUCCGCACCUAAACCCCCCAGCAAAUCCGACCCCAAAUCCCCUACCAAAUCCGUCAGUAGGUCCGCCAGUAGGUCCGGUAGUAGUUCCGGUAGUAGUUCCGCCACCAGGUCCGCCAGUAAAUCCGCUACCAAAUGCACAGCCAAAUGCGCCACCAAAUCCUCAACACCCUGGAUUCGCCAUCAGUUCUUUCCUUCUGGAGCAGCUCAAAGAGCAAAAAGAUGCGGUGCUGCUACUUCAGAAGGAACUUCAGACGCUAAAAGAGCAAAGAAAGAGAGAACAGCAGAGUUGGUCCAACGAGAGGAGGCAGCUGCAAACUCAAAUAAGAAAUCAGGAUCAACAACUCACGCAGGCCCAGACCCAGGCCCAUUACUGGCAACAGCCACCUUACUUCUUGGCUCCACAGGUGACACCAAGCCGCCAUUACUUUCCGGUGCCGCCAGUGCCACAAGCUCCCGCCGAAUCAAACCAGCAGGUUGUUUCAUUAUUAAAGAAACUUGUCAAGACCCGGUACGCUGGUAAUCGGCGCGGGCAGCAAGGAGGAGGGCCAGCACAUAUCUGA